AUGACUACCGCCCACAGACCUACUUUUGAUCCCGCUCGAGGCAAAGAGGCCCUGCGCGGCCCUGCCUACCACCAGCGACUCCUCCCAGCUCACACCCAGCUCAAAUACCGAAAAGCCGGACAGGGCGGCGAUGCCGACGACGAGCCUACGCGCGAUCUCGCUGCCGAGCUUCUUGCCGCCGAGGCAGCCCACUUCAAGAAGAAGAACGGCGGCGUCCUGGCCCCUGAGGAUGACGCAGAUGAGGAUGCGGAGGUGGCAUCAGUGCGAGGAGAGAAGAGGCCGCUGCAAGGGCAAUCUACGAAUGGCGACGAGGAUGGGGAGGAAGAUUUAGAGGCGAAGAGAAGGAGGGUAUUAGAGGAAAGCAGGGAUAUCGAUGCAGACGACUCCAGUGAAGAAGAGGAAGACAGUGACGAAGAGGAUGACAGCGAUGACGAUGAAGAUGCGGAGCUACAAAGAGAAUUGGAGAGAGUACGGAGAGAACGUGAAGAAAAGAAGAAGAAAGAGGAGGAAGAACGAGCAAGAGAAGAACAAGAAGCUCGAGAACGAGACAUUGCGCUCGGCAACCCACUCCUCAACAAGCAGGAUUUCACCAUGAAGCGCCGGUGGGACGACGAUGUAGUGUUUAAGAAUCAGGCGAGAGGGACGGAGGAUAAGAACAAGAAGAAGGAAUUCGUAAACGAUAUGCUGCGUUCUGAUUUCCAUAGACGGUUUAUGGGCAAGUAUGUUCGAUAG